UCUUUCUCGUCACAGUGAAUUUUAAAGGUCACCGUAGAAUGUGGAAAAGUAAAGAAGUACUCGUCUUCAAUAACGACUUGAACAAUGAAGUCCUUCUGGAAAAACUAGGGCGAUCUUACCAAAUCCAUUAUUCACAGGAUUUGUUGCCCUUCUCCUGCUAUUUUCCUUCUUCCCAAGUAACUUUCUUGCUUAUAGACUUCAUUCGUGACUUUGAACACUGGACAGAAGAUGAAGAUUUUGAUAAUCACAAAAUGAACUGGCUUGCUGAAUUUGUCAAGACCAAUGAUGGACCUCAUCUGAUAUACCUAUGUCCUAAAGUUGAUGAGCUUGUAAUUUCUGUUUCAUACGAUCUUCAAAGAAGCAUUGAAAUUAUGGUUCCUAACAAGAACAUAUCAUUUGGAUUUGCAACAUCCUGGAAAGCUGCAGCAAGUUACAUGAAAGCAGCUGCAACUAAACUUUCUAUUGAAAGCAUAGAAGGUGAAUAUUUCACUGACUAUCAAAAGGACUAUAACUUUAUUACAGAGAAAAUUUAAAAAGCCAGUUUUAACUUACCUAUUGCCGGUCUUUAGCAGCGGUAAGUAGAGGUUUGGCUGACGUCGCUUGUUCUCUGUACACGAAUUCUUAAGUUUAUACUCUGCAUAUGCCGAAACCAUCCGUCCCCCAUGUCUACGCGUAUCUUCGAAGAAAUCUCGUUUGACUUAUGAAAGAGCCAGCAAUUUGUACCCAGGUCAUUCUUAUCUAAUAUCUGCUAUUUGCUAAAGAUUUGGUAACUGCCUACAGUUGUAUGGCUCUCAUGCAAAAUUCAACAAUUAAUAAUUGACAAUUGUUAUUG